AUGAGCUUUGGUGGUCAAGUAGACUUUUUGCGAGGCGCCGCCAUAGCACAGGAUGGCUUGGGAAAGCCUAUCCUUGCCAUAACGUCAACGACAAGCAAGAAUGAAUCAAAAAUUGUUCCAUACAUCAAAAAGGGUGCCGGAAUAGUGGUGACACGAGCACAUGUGCACUAUAUUGUUACAGAGUUUGGUGUGGCCCACCUCUUCGGUAAAAGCCAGAGGCAACGCGCUCAUGCUCUAAUUCAGAUAGCCCAUCCUCUGCAUAGGCACACUUUUACACAUUGUAUGCGCAUUUUGGUCGUUUUGGCCAGCGAAUUUCAAUUUGUGUUGAAAUAUGAGAUUUUAAGGGUUGAUAUGGGCUACGAAUUGUCUGACUCUGAAUGA